AUGGCGGGAGUUGGAACUCUGGAACCUUUCGACUUGCUAACCCCUGGGAAAUGGAAGGCGUAUCGAGAUCGCUUCGAGCUGUACCUUUUAGCGAAUGGCAUCGUGAACAAGGACCGAAAGAAGGCGGCGUUUCUUACACUAUCGGGCGCACCCCUUUAUGAGUUACUAGUGUCGUUAGCAUCCCCCAGGCAAUCGGCACCACGCCAAUCGGAGAUUGCUGCAUUCUACCAUUUCCACAAGCGUUAUCAGCAACCCGACGAGGCCGUCGGUAACUACAUGGCCACAUUAAGAAGCCUGGCGGUAGGGUGCAAUUUCGGACAGAUGCUGGAUCGCAUGUUGCGGGACCGAUUUCGGGCCAUGGAACGAGCCGUCGCUAGUGAAGCAGCCGCUGCGAGUGCGUUGUCGAUUCGAGGCGACAAUAUCCGACGCCUCGAGUCUUCGAGCACCGAGUCCAUCCACGGAAUAAGUUCGAGUUGUGCGGGUUGCGGAGGUCGGCACGUCCGUAAGAAGUGCCCGUUCCGCAACGCCACUUGUCAUUCCUGUGGUCGAACUGGCCACAUACGUCGGGUAUGCCGCAGUAACAGUCAAGCUGGGUCAACAAAAUCUUCAUCUCCUACGCCCAGUAAUAUGCGUAACAACAGGCCAUCGCACAGACGCGUUCAUCAAAUAGUUCCGGUGGUCAGCCCCAAGAAAUCUGUGGCCGUGGUCAUCAACGGUCGAUCAUGCCAGUUCGAAGUUGAUUCCGGGUCGCCCGUCACCAUCAUGAAGGAGUCUUCGUAUCGAUACAUCUGGCCAAACGGUAAUCCCGAUCUCGUCAAGUGCCACCUAAAGCUAAGCGACUAUCAACGUAACCCCAUUCCGGUCAAGGGAAUCACCGACACGUCAAUCCACUACAACAAUCGGCGUAUCUGCAAUCUGCCAUUGGUCGUCACGUCCGGCACCGGGUCAAACCUUUUAGGAUGCAACUGGUUUGAACCCCUCGGAAUCCGCAGUGCGGCAAUGGUAUCGCGGAAAUUCUAA